ACUCUGUGAAGGGCCGAUUCACCAUCUCCAGAGACAACUCUGGGAACACACUGUAUCUGCAGAUGAACAGCCUGAGAACUGAAGACACGGCCCGGUCUCGCCCGGGCCAGGGCCCAGAUUCCGGCCUGCUCUUCGCGGGUGCAGCCAGACCCCUUUCAAGACCACAUGGCUGUCUUGCCAGGUCAAGUCAAAGGCUGUGUACGGUAAGGGCCCGAACUUCUCUGAUCAAAGUGGCAGCGUCCUGGCUGCAGGAGCCUCGUUUGUUCCGGAUGUGACAGAGCGAGCAGACAUGGGCACCGGAGCCCGGGCCCCGAGAGCGCCCCAGGCUCCACUGUCAAAUUCCCAAAGGGGGAGCGCCGUGGGGCCCGGCUCAUGGUGAUGCGCCCUCCGUGACCUGGUGCAGGGAGGGGAACGAGGGCUCCUCUCUGGGGACGCAGGUGGGACCUGAAGUGCUGAGGCUCAGUGCCGGAGGCUGGUGAGAUCGAGGACGGGUAGGCUCAUCUAGACUAGCUGGCGGGAAGGGGUGGGUGGGGUGGGGGGCACCAGGCGAUAGAGUAGGAGAGAGACACAUACAGCGGGAGUCCCUCACACCUAGAUUUUGGCUGAGGGCCCUAGAGCCUUGGACAUGGGGAACCUCCGACCAUUUUCCACGUCAGCGUGUCUGGGUCAGAUUGCUUCCAGCUGUUGAGAAUACAGCCAAGGCGAGAGGCUGCAGGGGGCUCCCGGGAUGUACCAGAACCCAUUCUUAGCCUCCACGCAGUAGAAUAGGGGUACUCAGAGCCACCGACUGGCCAAAGGUGUGCCUUAGUGUCUCAGCGACGUCUCCGAGGCACUGAGGCGCAAAGCUGCAACCGUCUCCACAGUCGUGUCUGGCUUGGGGGAGGUGGCCAGAGAAGCGGGGACCUGUGCCACUAGGGCACCACGGGAAUUCCCAGGAACCAGCUGAGGCUGACUCGCUUUUCGCAGAGCCCCUGGGAUGUGCCUUAUGGUCCUACUGGGGAGGCGGUGGCCAGCGACAAGGGACUCUGUGUUUGCCUUGAGCACUAAGUGCCUCUUGUUGCAAAGAACUUAUCUUGAUGGGGGCAGAUGCUCUCAUAGCCUGGUCCCUUCUCUGUCCCCCUUGUCCUCUCACAGGUGUCUUCGAGGGGCAGGCAGCCCUGAGGACUCUUAACUGCCUGCACGGUACGAGCUGUCCCGGUCCGCAGCUGGGAGGGAAAAAGAAAGGAGGACGCCUCACCCAUCAGGUGGCCGGUACUAAGACUCGUGGCGAGGGGAAGACAAAGGACAGGUUGCCGGCAGAGACGCGCUUGGUGCAGAGGGACGACCUCCUGAUCUUCGGGGGGACCUGGCCGCAGGGGCGUUGGUGGGCCUGUUGACCGUGUCGCAGUCACUCGGCAAGUCUUCGCUGGCCAGCAGGAGGACUCUACAUGCUGCACACAGACAGGCCUCUGCUUCCCUCUCCCUUCGGGUUUCCACACUCGCGACCCCGGACACAGCCCUGCCGCCUGCCCCCAGUCAGGCACCACUGAGUGCAUGUCCAGGCCCCGCCUGCCUCGCCCUGUGUCUGUUACCUAAUCCCCUCAGGUGACCCGCCCGGGAGUAGGUGCCCACAGCCCCAGGCUCCCUUUGUUCCCAGUCAGCAUCUCCUUGGAAAGCAGUGGCUGCAGCUAGAGGCUCAGGCCUGGCUUCUCUGGGGUCCUCCUUUUGUCCGUUCUUCUUGACAGAUGUCCCUGAGUAGGGACACAAACCCGGCAGAAGGCCAGGUCACCCUGAAGGAAGCCCUCUGGCUGCUUGGGUUCUGGGCAGUGCUGGCCUCAGUCCAGUGCUCUCAAGGCCGCCCCUCGUGGCGUUACAUCUCCUCAGAGGUGGUGAUUCCCAGGAAGGAGUUACACCAUGGCAAGGGCGUUCAGAUGCCAGGCUGGCUCUCCUACAGCCUGCAUUUUGGGGGCCAGAGGCAUAUUAUCCACAUGCGGCCCAAGAAAAUCUUUUGGCCUGGACACCUGCUCGUGAUGACUCAGGAUGACCAAGGAGCCUUGCAGAUGGACUACCCCUUCAUCCCUUCCGACUGUUACCACCUCGGCUACUUGGAGGAGAUUCCUUUCUCCAGGGUCACGGUGGACACAUGCUAUGGGGGUCUCCGAGGCUUUAUGAAGUUAGAUGACUUAACCUACGAAAUCAACCCCAUGAGGGAGUCUCAAAGGUUUGAACACGUCGUUUCUCAGAUAGUAGCAGAUGCCAAUGCAGUGGGACCUAUGUAUACACUGGGCUCCAAAGAGGAAGAAGACGCCCUGUUCUCUCUAGAAGAUGCCAGUGCAGCCCCCAGGAUCGCUAACACCUUCAGUAACUGUUCCUUUGUACACAUCCAACAUGUAUAUUUUUAUUCUGGUAAGAAGUGCAUGUUUCAGACUGCAUCUGUGUAUCACAACAGAAGCCUGGCAAACGAUCGUUGUGGAGAUAAGAAGGUGGACCCUGGGGAGACCUGCGACUGUGGCUCCAUUAAGGAGUGUUACAGCAACCCCUGCUGUACCGAUGAAUGUCGGCUUACCCCCGGAAGUUCUUGUAGUGUAGACCUGUGCUGUUCAAACUGCAACUAUUCCCGCCCUGGGACACUCUGCAGGCCAACCCAAAAUAUAUGCGACCUUCCCGAGUACUGCACUGGUACAGAAAGGUUUUGUCCUGGUGAUGUUUAUUUGCAAGAUGGAACCCCGUGCUCCGAGGAGGGCUAUUGCUAUCAUGGAAAUUGCACGGACCGCUCCAUGCAUUGCAAAGAGAUCUUUGGCAGAAAUGCUGUGAACGCUGCAAAUGAGUGCUAUUCUAUCAACAAAAGGGGCCAUCGGUAUGGACACUGUAGAAAACGACCUGAGGCUGUCGACUUUACUGCUUGCAGUGAUGCUGAUGUACUGUGUGGAAGGUUGCAAUGUACCAAUGUCACUCACCUUCCAGUGUUGCAAGAGCAUGUUGGAUUUCAUCAGUCUGUGAUAUCAAGUGAGUUGUGCUUUGGGGUGGACGUGCACCGUGGGACUGAAACAAAUGAUGUUGGUCAUGUGAGAACUGGCACCCUCUGCAGGCCUCGAGUGUUUUGUUCAAAUACCUACUGCAACGGCACUUUGACUGAUCUGAGGUAUGACUGUAUCCCCGAGAAGUGCAGUUAUAGAGGGAUUUGCAACAAUAGAAGGAACUGCCACUGCCACAUAGGCUGGGAUCCCCCAUAUUGCGUACAGGAAGGUGUUGGAGGAAGCGUGGACAGCGGACCGCCGCAAGAACGAAAGAGGUCGUUAAAACAAACCCGAGCGCCAAUCAUCUAUUUGAGACUGCUCUUCGGUCGCCUUUAUGCCUUCAUAGCUGCGAUGCUCUUUGGUGUGGCCACAAACAUAAAAUCUAUCAAGACCACCACAGUUAAGGAAGUAACAGUGAAUGCUUAGAUAUCCUGAACCAGCCUCCUGACCCUUGUUCAACUACAGGCAAUGUAGAAGGAACAUGUGUGAGAAAAUCAGGAAUGAGAUGCCACAGCUGAAGUUCACUUCCUAGAAGUCUGUGGAGCAGGGCUGGGGGCUUAUACCGUGAGUGGUCAGAAUUCUCACACCAGGUCUCUUUGAGAAGCUGCUUCCCGGCAUGCUGAAAUAAAACCUAAGAACACA